CAGAGGGUCAUGGACCUGUCUAAAUCCCUGACUGACGAGGAGAAGGUCUUCAGGUACAAAGGCCUGCUGUACCCCACCAUCAUGAGCCCCCUCGAGAACCUGGAGGCCCUUAGGACCCUGGAGGCGCGACCGGAAGAUGUGGUGCUGGUGGCCUACCCAAAGUGUGGGUUUAACUGGAUGGAGAGUAUUCUGUGGAAGAUCAUCAGCAUAUCCACAGGGAAGAAGGUCAGAGAUGGGCCUCCUCAUAUGGAGUUUCUACAUCCAGACAUGCAGAAGAUGUUGGCAAAAGAAGCGUCUCCGAGACUAAUGGCAACUCAUCUGCACCCUGAUGUGAUGCACCCCUCCUUCAUGCAGAAGAAAGCAAAGAUGUUGGUAGUCUGGAGGAACCCCAAAGACACCCUGGUCUCUUUCUACCACUUCAUGAAUAAAAACCCAGUGCUGCCCAACGUGGAAUGGGACAAGUUCUUCACAGACUUCAUGAGUGGAGAUGUGCUGUACGGUUCAUACUUUGACCAUGCUAAUGCCUGGGAGAAGCUGUUUGACAAACCAAACGUGAAGAUGAUCAUGUAUGAGGAUAUGAAAGAGGACCUCAGUGGUGGCAUCAGGCAGCUCUCUGAGUUCUUUGGCUUCCUCCUGACAGAGGAGCAAGUCAAGACCAUAGCAGACCAGAGCACCUUCAGUGCCAUGAAAGAGAGUGCCGUCCAAACCCACGGCAAAUUUUCGCAAGUGGUAUUUCGCAAAGGUGAGGUUGGUGACUGGAAGAACCACUUCAGUGAAGCCCAGAGCCAGCAGAUGGAUGAGGAGUUCAACAAGAGACUAGCAGGAACCAGACUGGGGAACAGACUCAAAUAUGACACCUACUGCAAAUAGACUAGCAGCAGACAGGAGAACAGACUCAAAUAUGACACCUACUGCAAAUAGACUAGAAUCAGACAUGAGAACAUACUCAAAUAUGACACCUACUGCAAAUAGGGUGCCUCAAGACUGGUGUUUGCUAAUCUGAGCCAUCUGAAAACAACAAUGACCAGUUUCCUUCCAUUAGGCUAUUGUUUCUCAUUUCAACUCUUAGACUGCGCUCUUCUCUAUACUCACCCAUAGCCCAGUUGAAUUUCGAUGAAUCACUGGCAUGAAGUUGAGUUCAGAAUUUGUGAGCAUUGGGCUGAAAAGGAACACUCUGUAGUACAAUUGAAACCAUACAAAUCCAACAGCCAUAAAGUGAUUCGGUGAAAAUAUGGGCACUUAUCAGUAAAAUGAGAAAUCACUUAAGUAUACAGUAUAUAAAAAACAAAAAAGUUUAGCCUAUAGUCAAACAUACAUU